CGCAUGCGUGGUAAUUUGGCAGGAAAGACACUUGGCCGAAUGUAAAUAAACUGUCAACGGGAUGGUUCAGGCAGGCAGAGAGGUUGUGUUACUUUAAGUGCUAAGAUGAUGUACCAGUCCUCAAGUGAAGACGAAUCAGAGAAUGAAACGAACGAAGAUGAGAUCACAGACGUUCUUAAUCCCCAAAACAACAGUGCAGAACAGCAGAGUCUGUCUACUAGCGGACAAAGUGGGGAUAAUUUACCAAGUCUCUUGCCUCAUGGCCGGUCAAACAGUAUCCGACCCUCAAGUCCAAGUCCGUCCCUUCAUAGUGACAGAACAGAAAAAGGGGCUGACGACACGGAAAAAUUGGAAAGGGAAGAGGAAGAGAGAAAGAAAAGGCUUCAAUUAUAUGUUUUUGUGAUGAGAUGUAUAGCGUACCCUUUCAAUGCUAAACAACCAACUGACAUGGCCAGACGACAAACUAAAGUAACAAAACAACAACUACAAACGAUUAAGGAUAGGUUUAAUGCAUUUCUUAAUGGUGAAACUAGUAUUGUUGCUGAUGAGGCAUUUACAAAUGCAGUGCAGAGUUAUCAUGAAGUCUUUCUAAAGAGUGACCGCGUAGCAAAUAUGGUUAAAAGUGGUGGUUGUUCUGCAAAUGAUUUUAGGGAAGUAUUUAAAAAUAAUAUUGAAAAAAGGGUAAGGAGCUUACCUGAAAUUGAUGGAUUAAGCAAAGAAACGGUUUUAAGUUCAUGGAUGACAAAGUUUGAUGCAAUAUUUAGAGGAGAGGAGGAUCCAAGAAAGCAGCCCCAACGGAUGACAACUGCAGCAUCUGAACUGAUUUUAAGCAAGGAACAACUUUAUGAAAUGUUCCAAAAUAUUCUCAAUGUCAAAAAAUAUGAACAUCAAAUUUUAUACAACGCCUGUCAGCUGGACAGUGCUGAUGAACAGGCAUCCCAAGUACGACGGGAACUGGACGGGAGACUGCAUCAGGUGGAACAGAUGUCCAGGUUGAGGAAGCACCCGAAGUUUGUUGUGAAGGAGAUGGAGAGUAUGUAUGUUGACGAGCUCAAGUCAGCCAUCAAUCUGCUCAUGGCCAACCUGGAGAGUCUGCCAGUCAGCAAGGGUAGCACGGACUCCCGCCUACAGAAACUCAAACGCUACAACAGGACACAUCCAUCUUCACUUUCCAAAAUGGAUAUAUCGGAUGACACGGAACCAGGACUCUCCAAACUGGACGUUGUCCUGUCAUUCACUCUUGAGGUGCAUGUUGUAGAGGUCAAAGGUCUCCGCUCACUGGCCAAUAGUAAGAUUGUCUACUGUACUAUGGAGGUGGAAGGAGGAGAAAAACUUCAGACAGAUCAGGCAGAGGCUUCCAAACCAAGCUGGGACACCCAGGGAGACUUUACGACGACCCAUCCUCUGCCUAUCGUCAAGGUGAAGCUGUACACUGAGAGCUCUGGCAUGCUCAGUCUAGAGGACAAGGAACUCGGCAAGGUUGUUAUCCGACCAACAGCCAACAGUGGACGCAUGGCCGAGUGGUACCGUAUGCAGACCAAUAAAAACUGCCCAGACGAUCUCAAGAUCAAAAUCGCUGUCAGGAUGGACAAACCACAAAACAUGAAGCAUUGUGGAUACCUAUAUGCUGUGGGAAAGACUGUCUGGAAGAAAUGGAAGAAGAGAUAUUUUGUUCUAGUUCAGGUGUCUCAGUAUACAUUUGCCAUGUGUAGUUACCGGGAGAAGAAACCAGAUCCCACUGAGAUGAUGCAGCUUGAUGGAUUCACUGUGGACUACUGUGAACCGCUCCAAGAUGUUGAGGGCGGAAGGUUUUUCUUCAACACAGUCAAAGAGGGUGAUAAUGUGACGUUUGCGGCCGAGGAUGAGAAUGAGCGGACACUCUGGGUACAGGCUGUUUACCGUGCGACCGGACAGACCCACAAGCCAGUGCCACCUGUUGUACAGACCAACAAGAUCUCAAACACCCAAAUCUCUCGUAUGCAGGGGGAUGCUGACCGUGCCAGGAAACAUGGCCUGGAUGAGUUUGUCCAGGCCAAUCCCUGUAUCUUUGACCACCAUGAGUUGUUCACAACACUGCAAGUUCUGACCCUGGAUUACAGACUCAAUGAUGCUUACACUUGUCUGGGCUGGUUCAGUCCUGGUCAGGUGUUUGUACUAGACGAGUACUGUGCCAGGUACGGUGUACGUGGCUGUCAUCGACACCUGUGUUACCUGAGUGACCUACUGGAGAGGGCGGAACAAGGUGUGAUGAUCGACCCCACCCUUAUACACUACAGCUUCGCAUUCUGCGCCUCGCAUGUUCACGGAAAUAGACCUGAUGGCAUAGGCACAGUGCUGCUGAGAGAGAAGUCCAAGUUUGACGAGAUCAAAGAGAGGUUGAGAAUACUACUGGAGAAUCAGAUCACUCACUUCAGGUACUGUUUUCCGUUCGGCAGACCAGAAGGAGCCUUGAAAGCAACCCUGUCUCUCCUGGAAAGGGUUCUGAUGAAGGAUAUUGUAACACCUGUUCCGCCAGAGGAGGUGAGGAAUGUUAUCAAGCUUUGUCUGGAGAAUGCAGCCCUGGUAAACUAUACAAGAAUAUCUGAAUAUGCAAAGAUCGAAGGAAGAAAAGAAUCAUACAGUGACGAAGUGACACCCAAAAAGAGGCUUGAUGACGUUCUCCACUUGGCAGAGCUGUGUAUUGAGGUACUACAGCAGAACGAAGAGCAUCACGCAGAGCAGUUUGUCGCGGCAUUUGCGUGGUUUAGCGACCUGCUGGUAGAACACGCUGAGAUAUUUUGGUCGCUGUUCGCUGUUGACAUGGACGCUGCACUGGAAAUGCAGCCUCCAGAUACCUGGGACAGUUUUCCGUUGUUUCAGUCCCUCAAUGAUUACCUCCGCAAUGAUGAGAGUUUAUGCAAUGGAAAAUUCCACUUACACCUGAGAAACGUAUUUGCACCACAAGUCGUCCGCUAUGUAGAUCUGAUGGAAUCUUCUAUCGCCCAGUCCAUACACAAGGGCUUCGAACGAGAAAAGUGGGACCCUCAGGGAAACGGAUGUGCUACCUCUGAAGAUAUGCUGUGGAAGUUGGACGCACUCCAGUCAUUUAUACGUGACUUACACUGGCCCGAGGAAGUGUUUGCUGAGCACCUGGACCAUAGGCUGAAACUGAUGGCCGCUGAUAUGAUAGAGGCUGCAGCCAAACGGACAUUAAAAUCAUUCGAGGCCUGGCUGAAAAAAGGAGGGAAAGGCACAGACUAUAUCGCGUACGCGGAGAUGUGCGUCAUGAUGAACGUUAUCAUCGACUGUAAAAACCGGGCCUUACAUCUCUGUGCGUUGGAUAGUGGUGAAAACAUGCACCAGUACCAUACCAAAAUUGAGGAAUUUCUGGACCGGGUUCAAAUGCAGAUGGUGAAAUGCCUCAUCGAAAAGUUUUUACAGGUGAUGGAAUCUGUCUUUGCUAAGUUAGCCAGAUACGACGAGGGAACUUUUUUCUCUUCCAUUCUGUCUCUCACGAAACCAGUGAAUGAACUAGGGAAAUCUUAUGUGGAUUUCAUGAGAGCCAAUCUGGAACAGCUCAGACAAAAGAUUGCUGAUGAACUAUUCACACUGUCCAUAUUUGAGCAAUGGUAUACGGGUCAGAUGAAGAUGAUCUGUGAUUGGCUGACUGACCGCCUUGACCUCUCCCUCCAUGUGUACCAGCUGACUUGUGUAAUGACCAUUAAUAGGAAAUGUUUUUCCGACUUUGAGUUACAAGGCGUGCCAGAGAGUACACUAAAUACCAAGACUUACCAGACAGUGUGUAGUCGCCUACAGGUGGAGGAGGCCACCCAGUCUGUCACACAGCCAGAGAACAGUCGUACAGCUCGCUUCCUCGGGGGAGGGGCAGGCAGCAGUAACGCUAGCAAUGCAAGCGGAGAGGAAUCGGACUACUAGAACACAGAGAACACGUUCAAAGGAGCAAAUCGGUUAAAUGUCAUUGAUAAAAAAACAGUGUGUUAAGUCAGUUAGGUUUAUGUGACAGAGGCUUAUCCUGACUAGUAGGGAGUCAAAUGAAGUGUCGUCGUAAAAUGGACACGGGAUAAUUAGCCUAACAUGCCUGGAGGUAUGGUUCAGUGAACUGUUUUCCGAAAAAAAAUAUUGUCUAUAGUAAUUAAAGAUGAAGUUCACAAUAAAUAAAUAUCACAAAAAAUUAGAUAUAGGCCCUUCUGUAAGUGUUAUUAAGUAGAUAUAUCAUGUUAAAGAGAUGUUGUUUCAGAUUAAACCAUGGCCAUUCUUACUGGUCAUAGGUGAGGUUUGGUAGCUUAAGUUAUUUGAUGAUCCGUAAGGUAGAUCAGAAAAUCAUGAGUAUAUUUCAGAAUAGAAAAAAUGGGUAUGGGUCUAAAAGGUCAACAAAAGGUCACUGGUCGUAAAUGUGUAAGUUAUGUAAUGUGUGAAAAUGUUGUGACACAGAGGUAAUGGUUACGACCAAAUGAGAUGUACUGGCACCUUGUGUACUCCAGAGGUUAGACCUGUAUGACUUGUUAUGUAGACCCUCAAUUAUCAUACUGAUUCGUAUGACUUGGUGUGUAGACCGUCAGUUAUCAUACUGAUUUCGAAUGACUUGGUGUGUAGACCGUCAGUUAUCAUACUGAUUUCAAAUGACUUGGUGUGUAGAUCGACCCUCAGUUAUCAUACUGAUUUCAAAUGACUUGGUGUGUAGACCGUCAGUUAUCAUACUGAUUUCGUAUGACUUGGUGUGUAGACCGUCGGUUAUCAUACUGAUUUCAAAUGACUUGGUGUGUAGACCGUCAGUUAUCAUACUGAUUUCAAAUGACUUGGUGUGUAGACCGUCAGUUAUCAUACUGAUUUCAAAUGACUUGGUGUGUAGACCGUCAGUUAUCAUACUGAUUUUGUAUGACUUGGUGUGUAGACCAUCGGUUAUCAUACUGAUUUCGUAUGACUUGGUGUAUAGACCGUCAGUUAUCAUACUGAUUUUGUAUGACUUGGUGUGUAGACCCUCAAUUAUCGUACUGAUUUAGAGACAAGUUGUGAUAUUCACAUUGAUAGAUUUAGUGAUACAGCGUCAUUUCCUGGUUAAAACAGGUGAAACGAUUAUACCUGGGGUGUUUACAUUGAAACCUGUCUAUAAACGCCACUUAAUUGAGAAAAGUGACCUUUAUAGGCAGGUGGCCUUUAUAUACAGUGUUCAGUGAAUCAUGUUACAUUGGAAAUCAAAGUAGAUGGCCUCUGAAGACAGGUUUGACUAGAUAUUGUACUAGAUACAGUUGAGUAAUGAACAUGAUGAAAUACCUGAAUAUUCCUCACUAAGUUCAAGUUCAACAUUACAGGCCAUUUUGACUUCAGUAUACCUUAGUUUGAAUUACUAGUGAUAUGACCUUCUUGUCUCAUAGUUAGUAAAUAGGCUUUGUCACAUGACAAAAUAAUCUCAUUCAUCAAUAAAGCUCAUUUAGAUAAACUACUGUGUUCAGCUCCCUUUUAGGACAGUUAUAUAUCAUUCCUUUGAACAAAUGAGAAUUUUUUUCAAAUGAAGUUUCUGGUUAACUUCAGAUUGAAUCUUAAUAUUUUAGAAUUGUUUUCUUUAUAGACGAAAUGGUAUUAUGUCCAUCAAUGAUUUUUAUCUCUCUUUUAAUUUAAAUAAGAAGCAUACCAUGAUAUUAAAAUGCAUUUAUUCCUGUAUUUUAGAACGGAUCUCAAAAGUAUUCCUUGUAGUACAUAUAAUAUUUGAUGAUAAUGGUAGUCUCCUUUUUAUCAUUAGGCAUACAUGUGGCUGUAGGAACAAAUUCAUGUGUACAUUCUGAUGUGUACGGUAGAUAACCCUGUCUACCUGUAUAUCACAUACAUUUCAUUUCUUCAUACUAACAGGACAUUAAUUCACAGCUCAUUUAGCGUGUAAUGUCUUCCGUUACAUAAAAAUAGUCCGUGUGAUAUUUCAUAUUCUGUAUUUGUCGCAAAUUUACAUGAGAAAUAUUGAAUUGAUCAUGUGUGUUUUUAGAAAUUCAUUGUAUGUAUGUACAUGUAACAGUUCAUCUCUUAUAUAUCAUUGUUACUUGUAGUUCGUGUAAAUAUCUAUUGUAUGUAGAUAUACAGGUUUAAGUCGACUUACAGAUACAUUAUGUAUAUAAACUAGCUGUCAGCCAUCACUUUCUCAAUACUUGUGCUCAGGUGAAAGUUCCAACCCAGUGCAAUACAAAACAAAAUUUGUAAGUGUAUAAAUGUUAAUAUUAUAACAAUUAAUGACAGUAUGCACUAUAUGUGGAAAAUAGUUUUCAUAUUCUCUCUUCAAAACAAAUAAAAAAUGCAUGUAAAAAUAUAACUUAAAACUAAAACAUUCAGUACUAAUAAGAUUUUUCAUGGAAUUCAUUCCAUUGCAAAAUAACUGUGUUAGUUUGAUUACAUCAAUUUUUACUCUCUAUUGAACAAAAAACAAAAAACAAAAAAACUAAUAUGUUUGAUUUGUUUUGGAGUUACUAGAUAUUGGGUUGAGUUGGGCUUAAACUUCUUUGAGACAAGCAAUCGAGUGUGAGACGCUGUAUUAAGAUUAGUAUAGACUUUGUGAUCAUGAGGUUUUGUGUAGUAUGUUUGAGAUUUCCUCACUUUCAUUGUAGAGAUUCAGCCACGGAGUAACAUUAAGCAAUGAUUUAUACUUUGUGAAUGGUGUUUGAGCUAUGUAGAAGAAUGAGUUGUUUUUUUUCGUUUUUUUUUUUUUUUUUUGAGAAUGUUAUUUUGCACAUGAAAAUGUUAUAGUUGAGAUGCGUUAUCGUUGACAUUUUAAAUUACCUUAUGAAUUCUCUAAUAUAUAUAAAGAUGUUUAGCCAACUAGAAUCUUACCAUCUCUCUGAAAUUUAUGCCAACUAACAGUAUUUGCUGGAUAAUGAUGUGACAAUCUUGAUAUCCAGGGUUAUACCACAAUCCAAACGGUUUCGACCAGAGAUGUUUGUUAAUGAAAUAAGAACAGGUCUUCUGUUGCAUAUAGACAAGCCUCGAUAAAGCUUUACAAGGCUUGUUUUAAUAUGAGACCAUUAUACACAUCCAUAAAGAUUUAAUUAUGACCAAAAUUUUACUUUUUGAAAACUGAUGAACCGGCUUGUCUGCACAGGUCCCAUCUUCAUGGGACAGAACCAAAAAUGUCCUUCAUUCCAUUUAAUACCAGCAGACGACCGUUUCAAAAGAUUUUAAACAAUUCCGUAUAGAUCAUGACAUCACAUAAUUGGCCUGUUAUCCAGUGCCCGUGUAAUAUUCAUUUACAUAUGUCAAAAGACACUCAAGUGUUAUAUACUCUGUAGUGUUUUUCAUUGGCUCAUAAUAUGGAAAAUGAUAUGACGUCAUGAAUUGUGAAUGGCGCUAUAAAAUGGCUGUCCCCUUUUGAUUAAAUCCACCAUAUUUUGACCAUAAAACCUGUCAAAUUGUAAGUUUUCUGAGUAAUGUGAUAAAAAGUAUCUUAAAUUUGUUUUGUGUCAUUUGAGAUUUUAUGAAACUUAUCUCGAAAUUUUAAUUUUUGCUCGGCAUUGCUCACAAAAAGAAAAAACUUCUAAGACCUGUUUCAUAAAAUUUCAUAUGAAAUGAAAACUCAUUUAGGACCCUAUAUAUCUUAUCACUCAUGACAUUUUGACGUUGGUCUAGAUUCAAGGUCAUUUUAGCAUUCCAGUACCUAUGUAUUUAUCAAAAGUUGUCGUGACUAGUCUCCUUUGGUUUAUGUCGUUAAGUUGGCCAAUAUUUACGAAGAUGGGUAAAUAUGUGUUAAGUUACUUUAAGGGUGAUAGAAGUUAUUGUCUGUCACAUGUAAAGAAAAUGUAAGAUGGUAUAGUUUAUACACAACAGAAUCCGGAGAAAAAAUUCUUCUUAAGUACAACUUUGAUGACCCAAAGGUACAUCUUAAGUACAACUUUGAUCACUAAAAGGUACAAAAAAAUUCCCUCUUGUUGAAAGAUUUGAAAACUUAAUAUUCAAAUCUUUUUAUGUAUAUGGAUUUUUAUUUACAAGAAACAUGUUAAAGAAAUAAUAGUACAUUCCAUUAUGUUAAAAAAUCUGUUUAUUUGAUUGGUUGUGAACAAAAAAACUAAAAUGAAAAAAACAUGCCAGACUUUCCACUAUCUGUGCAAUGGUGACGACUGUUCAAGUUUAAUUUUGUUUAUGAUUUUAAAGAAAAUAAUAUGUUUACAUUAUAUAGCAACAGCCCCAUGAAGCUUUUGUUACAUGUUUAUAUGUAGUGUUUAGAGAACUUAUUUAUUAAAUUUCUGAACGAACAUGUUAUAGCAUGUAUAUAUUUGUUAUAUAUUUUGUUAAAUGGCAAUGGUAAUUUCCUUCUGCCUUUUCUGAUUAUUUAUAUUAAUACAUUUCUCGUUAUGUUGUGUCUGGACCAAGGACUCCUGGGAGAGUAUUUCAUGGUGAUUUUGAAGGAAAUACAGGGUCAUGAUGUGCUGGAUUCAAACUUAGAGCAAUCUUAUUAAAUUUUCUAUAUCUUGUACAUGCCGUCUAGAAUAGUAUAUACAUUCCUUAGCUAUUUGUAGAAUUAUUUCAAAAUCUAUAAAAGCUUCUUAAUUCCAUAUCCAUGAAGAAAUCAAUUAAAUAUAUUAAUGCUUUUAAUGAACAACUACGCUAACUUUUUUAUAUCCAGGAUCAUUUUUGAUUCUAGAAAUCCUAUUUAUGGUAUUGGACAAAUUAUUACUAAUUUCAAAAUUGUGUCUUCGACAAUUUUGCUUUAGAUUUUAAGUGGUAUUAUUUAUAGACAGCAUUUAUGUUCUUCGUUACUAUAUUUGUUUUUUGUUUAUUUAUGGUUGUUUCACAAUUUAUUUUUAUCAAUUAUUUUACUUAUACACAAUGAAAUCCAAAUACAUAGUGUAGCUUAUUAUGAUAUAUAGGAGAUUGCCUUUUAAUCCCAGUUCUCUAUCAAUUUAAUUAAUAUGUAAGUUCUCUUUCCAUUAACAUAGUAAAUGUUGAUGAUACUGGUUUUAUUUAUGCACCAUGAAUAACAUAACAGAUUAGAAUAGAUUGAGUGUGUCAUUCAAAUGUCCUCACAAAUUUUAGUGUCGAUGAUGUACAUCAAGCAGUCUAUCUGAAAUCUGGCAGAUUUAUGAAGUAAAUGUAACGAAGAUUUAAAUAAAAAAAAUGUUCAGCUCUUCAGAAAUCAGAAAAUUAUUUUAUUAGGUCUGUGAAAGAAUUUUUUAAAAACAUUUGAAUCUUUUCGGUCAGUUGGUGUAAAAUGUUAAAAAGUUGUCUAUAGAUCAUAUUGUACAUGUUACAUACCUAUGGAUUAGAAUGAGAACUGUUUUUAAGGUAUAAAAUUCCAAACAUUGAAAUGGUUGUCUGGUUAGAACAUAUUUAAAUUUCUAUCAGAAACACUACAAUUUAAAUACUAAACAUUUUGGCCCCAGUUUAAUUUCAUCAUUAUUCCUCAAGUUAAGACAUUCCUUAACCAGGUUAAGGAGUUUUCUGAAGUUACAGAACAUUUAUGAAACCACGGCCCAAGAUAUUCAGGGGUUAGAUACCGAUAUUCAAUUCUGAAAGUAACGCGCAUGGUAAAUUGAGAAUAGAAAAUUGUUGAAAUUUUUUUAAACAGUGCUGGGAUGUUUUUGUUUACUUUUACAAAAUUAUGCAAAAUCAUCGUAAUUAAUCAUCAUACAUAUAUAAAUAUAUAUAUAAUAUACAUAUAAUUGUGCAAUAUUCCCUGUCUUCAUUGUUAUGGUGCAAAGUUAUGUGUAAAAAUAAACCAACUCUUCAACAUA